CGGUAGUCUCUCUCCCUCUGGUCCUUCCUCAUCGAGCCGACUUGCACACCAUGGCCCCCUUUGGUAAAAUCUACUCCUACCCCAACAACCCCCGUGUUGCCAAAUCCCUCAUUGCCGCCAAGUACAACGACAUUGAGAUCGAGCUCGCUCAUGUCGAUAUUGGUGUGACCAACAAGACCCCCGAGUUCCUUGCCAAGUUCCCUCUCGGCAAGGUCCCCACGUUCGAGGCUGCCGAUGGCUUCACUCUCUACGAGUCCAACGCCAUUGCCUACUACGUUGCUGCCGCCAAGGAGGGCACCCAGCUCCUCGGCAAGAACAAGAAGGAGUACGCCAAGAUCCAGCAGUGGAUCCAGCUUGCCGACAACGAGCUCUCCCCUGCCCAGGCCACCUGGCUGUUCCCCAUCCUCGGCUGGAUCCCCAACGUCCCUGAGAACACCGCCAAGGCCAUCGAGGACACCAAGAAGGUCAUGGCUCUCCUCAACAACCACCUCCUGAACCACACCUACCUCGUUGGCGAGACCAUCACCCUCGCCGAUAUCACCGUCCUCACUGCCCUCCUCAACUUCUACCGUCUUGUCUUUGACGCCCCCUUCCGCGCCCAGUACAAGAACGUCACCCGCUGGUUCGUCACCCUGAUCAACCAGAAGAACUUCAAGUCGGUUCUUGGCGAGGUCCCUCUUGCCGAGAAGGUCGCCGUUGCUGGCUCGUACGUCGCCCCUCCCGCCCCCAAGGCUGCUGCCCCCGCCCCCGUUGCCGAGAAGAAGGCCGAGAAGAAGGAGGAGAAGAAGGCCGAGAAGAAGGCUGAGAAGAAGGCUGAGAAGAAGGAAGAGAAGAAGGAAGAGAAGAAGGAGGAGAAGAAGAAGGAGGAGAAGAAGAAGCCCAAGAAGGAGGAGGAGGAAGAGGAGGAGGAGAACUACGAGGACGAGGCCCCCAAGGGCAAGAACCCCCUGGAUCUCCUCCCCAAGUCGUCCCUGAACCUCGAGGACUGGAAGCGCUUCUACUCCAACAACGACACCAUCCCCACCGCCACCAACUGGUUCUGGGAGCACUUUGACGCCGAGGGCUACACCAUCUACAAGGUUGCCUACAAGUACAACAGCGAGCUCACCCUCACCUUCAUGUCUGCCAACCUCGUCGGCGGCUUCUUCCAGCGCCUCGAGAAGGCCCGCAAGUACGUCUUUGCCACCCUCCUCAUCUGCGGUGAGGACAACAACAACGAGAUCUUUGGUUACUUUGUCUGCCGCGGCAGCGAGGUCCCCGCCGAGGUCAUCGAUGCCCCCGACUACGAGUCCUACACCUUCGAGCGUGUUGAUCACAACGACGCCGAGAUCCGUGACGACUUCAACCACGUCAUUGCCUGGGAGCCCAAGGGCAAGAAGUUCUGCGAUGGCAAGACCUUCAAAUAAGCAGGCCGCUGCGCCGUGCUUGCGCCGACUGCGUGCUUGAUGGAUACAGCCAUACAAACCGAAAUAGGAGCUCCCUUCCCUGUUUUCUGAGCGCGGACGGUGGCUUUUUUCUCUGGGUCCUGAAUACACACCCAUCCACCAUGA